UAAAGUAUAGGGAAUUUCAUUCAUACAUACGAAUCUGUAGUGACAUCGUAUAUGGAGCUUGCGAGCUCAAGGCUAAUCGUCGAAGGGCGGGCGGAGAGACUUCAGUCGGCCGCGUUUGUGCGUCGGGCGCGCCGGUGCGAUGUUGACCGUGUGCGGGCUGCUGCUCUCUGUGCUGACAGUGAGUCACCAACUAAGCAUAGAUGAGUUCGAGGUACCCGCGUCUGUAGAAGUCGGGUCUGACGUCGAGCUGCGAUGCGGCUUCUUAUUGGACGCCAGCGACGGGAGGGGGGAGCCUUACGUCAAGUGGUGGUACACUCCGCUGUACUUCGCCGAAGACCGACCAAUACAGUUGUAUCAGCGGAUGGACAGCGGUAACGCGACUUAUUUACGACAUAGUAAUAUUGAGCUAGUUGGCAAAGAUGACAUCUUGCUGAAAGAUGUGAAGUAUACAGACUCCGGGCGGUACGAGUGUGAGGUUUCCGGCCUCAAUGAGAAACGGGUUCAUGCCGAUUUGAUCGUGUUCUCAAAUGGCACGGGCCCCGAACUGAACAUCUCCGCAGUAGAAGACGGCCCGGACGGCGACGAGGAAGAAGAUUUGCUGGUCGAGUGCCGCGCUGAUGACGUCACGCCGCAACCAGAACUCGUCAUUAGUGCUAACGGGAGGCCAGUGGAUGGCGUCAUUCAAUACGAGAGCAGCUCAGGCGACGGGCUAUACAAUGUCAUCGCUAACGUGACUGUGACGAAAUCGGAUCUAUUGGAUGUAGAAGUGCGUUGCGAACUGUUCUUCGUCAAUCAUAAUAUCACGCAUUUACCUUUCGUCGACAUUGAAACUUAUGGCCCGACAGGACUACUGCCCCCCGCCAUACUCGCCGAGGACGAGCCCCAACCAGAGAAUAUCACGCUUGGCGGACCAGCGGAGCCUCAAGUCAAUCGUGCCGCCAGCAGAACCCUGAGUUUUUGGUGGUUCUUCACCGCGGCGAUACCGUUAUUGUGCAUAAUGUGAAUCUAACUGUAUGUGAUAUAUAUUAAUAUAUUUUACUGUUUGUUUUUU